AUGAUAGUUACUGGAAGUCCAUUCACGUUCAACGAGGACCCCAGUGAACAAGAUGUUCAACCAAUAACCCCCACAUUCGCCGAUUACAAACUGGCAAGGGCUCUGAGGCUAUAUCGUCUGGAACAUGCCCAUCCGUAUGUUGUCCCGAUAGAGGAUGAGCCGGUAUUAGCGUUGAAUGGGGACAGAAUUACUGUCUAUGAUCCAUCGAUGACUGAGGGUUGGGACGGGUCGGUGAUUCGGAUGCGUCGUCGUUGGAUGGAAUCGGUGCGCAGGCGUAAGAAAAUCCCCGAGGAUGAAAUAUGGGCCACACCGAUUAUGCCUGGUGAACCAAACGAUUUGCGCAAACCUCGUACAAUCCGGAACAAAUUGAAGCGAUUCGCCGGGAUACCUGAUCGCAUUUAUUUCCCAAGCAAUCAGGUUCCCACAGAAAGGGAGAAAAGAACCAACGUGAAUCGAUUUACGCAUACUGUGAAGUUUGAGAUUGUGGAAGGUUCAGUGGCCUCUGUGGGAUUCGAACCCACGCAUGGACGCCGUCCACGCCUUUGUACAGCCUACACUCUACCGGCUGAGCUACGAGGCCACACCGGUAGCACUGAUCUUUUCACAUUCGAAGCACUCAUCCAACUUACAGAGGCUGAUGCAUCCACCACUUCCAAAGUCCAACAAUUGACAGUUACUGUUAGCUGGAGGAUUGACUUCAAUAACUUCGAAGAACAUCCGUUUGAACAGGAUGAUAAGAUGGAAAACAGAACUGCGAUUCACCCGCAUCAUCAGAACCUUUUGUCGUUGAAAGGAGAUAAACAAAUUGCUCGUGUCGGGAAUACUGCGAUCGAACCGGACGAGAAUCUAAAACGUCGAAUAGCGCAACAACGUCUCCGUGAAUUGGUCGAUUUUAUUUGGAAUCUGCACCACUAG